CGCCGCGGCGGCGGGUUCCCCCAGCAGCGCCAGCGGAGGAAACGGAAGGAGGCGAGAGCCAUGGAGGGCAACCGCGACGAGGCGGAGAAAUGUGUGGAGAUCGCCCGCGAGGCCCUGAACGCCGGCAACCGGGAGAAGGCCCAGCGCUUCCUGCAGAAGGCCGAGAAGCUGUACCCGCUGCCCUCGGCCCGCGCGUUAUUGGAAAUAAUUAUGAAAAAUGGAAGCACUGCUGGCAGUAGUGCCCAUUGCCGAAAACCAUCUUCAGGUGGUGGAGAUCAAAACAAGCCUAACUGCACCAAGGACAGCACGGUGAGCAGUGGUGAAGGUGGAAAAGUCUACACCAAAGACCAGGUUGAUGGAGUUCUCAGCAUAAACAAAUGUAAAAAUUACUAUGAAGUACUUGGAGUUACAAAAGAUGCUGGUGAUGAAGAUUUGAAAAAAGCUUAUAGAAAGCUUGCUUUGAAGUUUCAUCCAGACAAAAACCAUGCACCUGGAGCAACAGAUGCUUUUAAAAAGAUUGGCAAUGCUUAUGCUGUUUUAAGUAAUCCAGAAAAACGGAAACAGUAUGAUCUCACAGGCAAUGAAGAACAAGCUUGUAAUCACCCAAACAAUGGCAGAUUUAAUUUCCAUAGAGGCUGUGAAGCAGAUAUAACUCCAGAAGACUUGUUCAAUAUAUUUUUUGGUGGUGGCUUUCCUUCAGGGAGUGUACAUUCAUUUUCAAAUGGCCGAGCUAGUUACAGCCAUCAACAUCAGCACCGGCAUAGUGGACAUGAAAGAGAAGAAGAAAGAGGAGAUGGAGGAUUUUCUGUGUUUAUCCAACUGAUGCCUAUUAUUGUAUUGAUCCUGGUGUCAUUGUUAAGCCAGUUGAUGGUCUCUAAUCCUCCAUAUUCUUUAUAUCCCAGACCUGGAUCAGGGCAAACUAUUAAAAUGCAGACAGAAAACUUGGGUGUUGUUUAUUAUGUCAACAAGGACUUUAAAAAUGAAUAUAAAGGAAUGCUAUUACAAAAGGUAGAAAAGAGCGUGGAAGAAGAUUAUGUGACUAAUAUUCGAAAUAACUGCUGGAAAGAAAGGCAACAAAAAACAGACAUGCAGUAUGCAGCCAAAGUAUACCGUGAUGACCGACUUCGUAAGAAGGCAGAUGCCCUGAGCAUGGACAACUGCAAGGAACUGGAGCGGCUGACCAGUCUUUACAAGGGAGGAUGACCUGGCGUUUUUAUGGAGACCUCUUAUUGUACUCUUACCUUUUAUGUAAAUUUUGUUUCAUCAUAGAAUCUGAAGAAAAAGAUUUGAUAUUAAGAACUUCUUGAAAUCUUGGACUGUUUGUGACCUACUGGCUCAUUUACACAGUAAGAACUGAAAACUAAAAUUUAAUAUUUUAGUGUGCUUCUGCAUUAUUUUUAUUUUUAAAGCUGCUAUGAUUCCUUAAAAUGCUUGGAGAGGAUUAUCAUACCUGUAGCAAUUUCUAG